GAAGAAGUUCCUGCCUACUUGGCAACAUCUCCCAUACCCACUGAAGACCAGUUUUUUAAAGACACUGACAAUCAUUUGAAAUCAGGGGAAAGUGAGAGGAUAUGUGCAAACUCAGAACUUCCACACCCUGUGGAAACAGAGCCCGUGUUCACUCCAGGAUCUGUGAAAAAGAAAAAAAGAAGAAGAAAAAAAUACAAACAGGAUAGCAGGAAGGAAGAUCAGAUCUCGUCUGCUGGGACGGAAGAGAUUUUUGAAAUGGAAAUAAGCUCAGAUGAUGAAAAAAGUGUUCAGCCCCUCAGAGGAUCCUCAAAUUCAUCACCAAAGGGUGAAGAACAAAAAGAAUCUUUGAUUUAUCACUCGAAGGAUCAUUACCCCUUAUCUGAUGGAGACUGGUCCCCUCUGGAGAACCCUUUCUCCGAGACAGUCUGCCCUAAAAGUGAUUCAGAAUUAGAAGUUAAACCUGCUGAGAGCUUGCUCAGGUCUGAAUCUCACAUGGAAUGGACAUGGGGAGGAUUCCCAGAAUCAACCAAGAUAAGCAAAAAAGAGAAACUGGAACACCCCCGAACAGCUACCAUUACCCCAUCAGAGAAGACUCAUUUUAGGGUCAUCCUCAGCUCUGAUGAAGUUGAAGAUGACGAUGAUGUGAAAGAUGCUGUCUGUACAGUACUGAAACCUGAGCCAAGAACUCAUCCUCUGCUUAAGCAGAUGGAUGUUAAAGAUUCUCUCGCUUCUGCCGUCGUAGAGCCGCAAGAUCCGUUGCCACUAGAUGCUGAUCAUCAUUCCAGGCUGUUGGUGGACCCCUUGCCAGAAACAAAGCCUCCAGCAAAAACCGACUCUCCUUCAAAAAAGAAAGGGGUGCACAAGCGGAGCCAUCAUCAGGGGCCUGACGGUAUUUACUUGGAGGACCUAAAGGCCUUGGAACCUGAGGUCGCAGCUCUCUACUUCCCCAAAAGUGAUCCCGAGGCGGGGUUCCGGCAGUGGCCAGAGUCAGACCCCCUGUCGGGGUCCCAGUCCCCGCAGUCGGUGGGCAGCGCCGCGGCCGACAGCGGCACCGAGUGCCUGUCUGACUCGGCCAUGGACCUGCCCGACGUCACCCUCUCCCUCUGCGGGGGCCUCAGCGACAACGGAGAGAUCUCCCGAGAAAAAUUCAUGGAACAUAUUAUAACUUAUCAUGAAUUUGCUGAAAACCCUGGACUCAUAGAGAAUCCAAAUUUGGUAAUAAGGAUUUAUAACAGGUACUAUAACUGGGCACUGGCUGCUCCCAUGGUCCUGAGCCUGCAGGUCUUCCAGAAGAGUUUGCCUAAGGCUACUGUUGAGUCCUGGGUCAAAGAGAAGAUGCCAAAGAAGUCUGGAAGGUGGUGGUUCUGGCGCAAGAGGGAGAGCCUGACCAAGCAGAUCCCAGAGGCGAAAGAGGGGAAAGCUGAGACACAAAGAGCCAGUGAGCUGCCAGCAGCUGUGAAAGAGCAAGUGAACAGCAGACCUCCAGAAGAUGACUCCUCUAGUGAUGAAGCAUCGCAGGAGCUGAAGGAAUCCCUGAAAAUGGAUUCUGUCCCAGCAGAGCAUCCAGCCCACGGGAGCGUCCCGUCGUACAAGAAGUCACUUAGACUGUCCUCGGACCAAAUAGCAAAGCUGAAGCUCAGAGACGGCCCCAACGACGUGGUGUUCAGUAUCACCACCCAGUACCAGGGGACUUGCCGUUGUGCAGGGACCAUCUAUCUCUGGAACUGGAAUGACAAAAUCAUCAUCUCGGACAUCGACGGCACCAUAACCAAGUCUGAUGCUUUGGGACACAUCCUGCCUCAGUUUGGCAAGGACUGGACUCAUCAGGGCAUUGCAAAGCUUUACCAUUCCAUAAAUGAGAACGGGUACAAGUUCCUGUACUGCUCGGCCCGUGCCAUCGGGAUGGCGGCGAUGACCAGAGGGUACCUGCACUGGGUGAACGACAAAGGGACCAUCCUCCCCAGGGGCCCCCUCAUGCUGUCCCCCAGCAGCUUGUUCUCUGCCUUGCACAGGGAAGUAAUAGAAAAGAAGCCUGAAAAGUUCAAAAUUGAGUGUUUGAAUGAUAUCAAGAAUUUGUUUGCUCCCAGCAAACAGCCUUUCUAUGCUGCUUUUGGAAACAGGCCCAACGACGUGUACGCCUACAUGCAGGUGGGAGUUCCAGACUGCAGGAUAUUUACUGUCAACCCAAAGGGGGAGCUGAUCCAGGAGCGGACUAAGGGGAACAAAUCCUCGUAUUACAGACUGAGUGAGCUGGUGGAACACGUGUUCCCACUGCUGAAUAAAGAACAGAGUUCUGCAUUCCCGUGCCCAGAGUUCAGCUCCUUCUGCUACUGGAGAGAGCCUCUUCCUGACCUUAACAUGGACGACCUGGCCUGA